AUGCCGGGCACCAUGGACAAGUACCUCAACAUCAAGCAAAAGGGCGUGCCUGCAGCAAAGUCAAGCCCCGCGGGAGUGGGCGGCAUGGGGCUGCUGGGGCCCGGGGGGCUCCCCGGCUUCUACGCGCAGCCCACCUUCCUCGAAGUGCUGUCCGACCCGCAGAGCGUCCACUUGCAGCCGCUGAGCAGGGCGUCGGGGCCUCUGGUGCUCUCGCGUCCCUGCGCUGGUCCCGGCUCUGAUUCUGAAGAUGUCUCCUCCAGCGACCGGAAAAUGCCCAAGUCAGCCUUAGCCCAGACCAAGAAGCGGAAGAAGCGGCGGCACAGGACGAUUUUUACCUCCUACCAGCUAGAGGAGCUGGAGAAGGCGUUCAACGAGGCCCACUACCCAGACGUCUAUGCCCGGGAGAUGCUGGCCAUGAAAACGGAGCUGCCAGAAGACAGGAUACAGGUCUGGUUCCAGAACCGCAGAGCCAAGUGGAGGAAGCGAGAGAAGUGCUGGGGCCGGAGCAGCGUCAUGGCGGAGUACGGGCUGUAUGGGGCCAUGGUGCGGCACUCCAUCCCCCUGCCCGAGUCCAUCCUCAAGUCCGCCAAGGAUGGCAUCAUGGACUCCUGUGCCCCGUGGCUGCUCGUUCAAGAUGGCUUUCCCAGGCGCUUUUCUAAACCCGAAUACCAACACUUCUUUUUAGGAAUGCACAAAAAGUCGCUGGAGGCAGCAGCCGAGUCGGGGAGGAAGCCCGAGGGGGAGCGCCAGGCCCUGCCCAAGCUGGAUAAGAUGGAGCAGGAGGAGCGGGGCCCCGACGCCCCGGCCGCCAUGUCCCAGGAGGAACUGAGGGAGAACAGCAUUGCGGCGCUCCGAGCCAGGGCGCAGGAGCACAGCACCAAAGUGCUGGGGACUGUGUCCGGGCCCAACAGCCUGGCCCGGAACGCCGAGGAGCCCGAGGAAGAGGAGGCCAUGGACGAGGACAGACCAGUGGAGAAGCUGAGUCCCCGGCAGCUCGAGGAUGUGGCUUAGGUCAAGGGUUAAGGGUGCGCUGCCACCGGAGCCCAGGACUGCUCUCCUCCGGGCCCGUGGUGCCGGGAGGUGUCCUCCGAGGCUGGGCCCAGCCUGGCCUUUGCCGCCCGCCCCCUGCCCCGUAGGCCCUCCAUGACCCCCGGGCGACCUCGGACACGCCCAGUGCUGGCCAAGGCUUUGGACCGCGCUGGUAACCCCUUCCUAGUCUGGCCUCCUCAGCAUCCUCCUCAGCCCGACUGCCUUGCCUCGGAAGCCUUUCUGCUGCCCACACCGCCCGCUCAGCCGCUUUCACUCAAUCCCUGGCCGCUCUCCCCGUCCGGAUCCACCCUCACUGUCCUCUUGCUCUAAACCCUCUGCCCAGCUCUGACCCGCUGUGGAUUCCGCC